UUAAGCUGGCAGCUGUGCUUGUACAUAUAUACAGACGAAGAUCAGAAUCUGCUCUCUUGCUUUACAGAAUUCAACCUGAAUUCUAUAACAUGGAGGAUCAGCUGAUCUCGUUCUGGCUUAAGCUUCUUGUAAUAUCUUUCGUGUUCUUGGUGUUUCUGCGAAAGGCCGUUGUAUUGCUUUGGUGGAGACCCAGAAAAAUUGAAGAGCAUUUCUCCAGGCAAGGGAUCAGAGGACCUCCUUACCGUUUCUUUAUUGGAAAUGUCAAAGAACUGGGGGUAAUGAUGUUGAAUGCUUCCUCUCAGCCCAUGCCUUUCUCUCACAACAUACUCCCCAGAGUCCUCUCUUUCUACCAUCACUGGAAAAGAAUCUAUGGUGCAACAUUUCUUGUGUGGUUCGGACCCACAGUUCGUCUCACCAUAUCCGACCCAAACCUGAUCAAGGACAUUUUCAGCUCCAACUCAGGCUUGUAUGAGAAGAUUGAGGCUCACCCACUCGUUAAACAGCUAGAAGGUGAUGGCCUCCUUAAUCUCAAGGGACCAAAAUGGGCUCACCACAGAAAAAUCAUCACUCCUACCUUCCAUAUGGAAAACCUUAAACUGUUGAUUCCAGAGUUGGCAAAGACCAUGGUGGAUAUGUUGGACAAAUGGGUAGCAAUGUCAGACUCGUAUGGCGAGGUUGAAAUUGAAGUUUCAGAGUGGUUCCAAACGCUGACAGAAGAUGUCAUUACCAGAACAGCAUUUGGCUGCAGCUAUGAAGAUGGAAAGGCCAUUUUCCGGCUUCAAGCUCAACAAAUGGAACUUGCUGCUGAUGUUUAUAAAAAAGUUUUCAUCCCUGGCUACAGAUUCCUACCAACUAAGAGAAACAUAAAUUCUUGGAAGUUGGAUAAGGAGAUCAAGAAAUCUGUGAUGAAGCUUAUUGAAAGGAGGAAAUAUAAGAAUUAUAUUAAUUCACAUGAUGAAGAUUUAUUAAUGCAGGAAAAAACUCCAAAGGAUCUACUGGGGCUUAUGAUUCAGGCAUCAGAGUCUUGCACCAGCUCAUCACGUAUAAUUACUGUCCAUGACAUUGUGGAAGAAUGCAAGAGCUUUUUCUUUGCCGGCAAACAGACCACAUCCAAUUUUCUGACGUGGACUACUGUUCUUCUGGCUAUGCACCCACACUGGCAGGUACGGGCACGUGAGGAGGUUCUGAGGGUGUGUGGGACACGUGAUGUCCCCAACAAAGACGAUGUUGUCAAGCUCAAGAUGCUGAGCAUGAUCUUGAACGAGUCCCUCCGAUUGUACCCUCCAGCAAUUGCAACAAUCAGACGUGCCAAAGCUGACGUGGAUCUGGGGGGCUACAAGGUCCCAUGUGGGACCGAGAUUUUGGUUCCAAUCUUAGCUGUCCAUCACGAUCAAGCCUUGUGGGGCAACGAUUCUAAUGAAUUCAACCCGGGUCGUUUCUCUGAUGGAGGGGCCUCUCGCGCUGCUAAGCAUCCAACGGCGUUCAUUCCAUUUGGGCAUGGAGUCCGGACGUGCAUCGGACAAAACCUAGCCAUGUUGCAGACGAAAUUAGCACUCUCCAUCAUAUUGCAACGCUUCUCCUUUAGGUUGGCCCCAACCUAUAGGCAUGCACCGACGGUCUUGAUGCUCCUUUCCCCACAAUACGGUGCACCCAUCCUUUUCCAAUCUCUGCCCCAUUCUGUGGGGCCCAAACAUCAAGGGUCUUCAUGUGUUGAGUGACCAAAGUACCCAUGUAUAAUAAUUCCCUUGCUUAAUUAUUAAUUAGGUGCUAAUUAAUUAAUUUGCAAUAUUAAUAAUAAUUCUUGGGAUUUCUAUAGGAACUAAGAAACAUGGCAUGACCUCCAUGUUCAUGCUUCUUUUUUCUUCAACUCAAAAGAAUGGUUUUGCUA